GUAGAACGGUCGAAUAUUUGAAUAUUCAUCGUUCUUUAACGGUUUAUAGGACUCGUUAGAAGAAAACAAAAAAAAACAGUUUGUGUAGCCAUUGAUCAAGCAAGUGUUCAAUAUGAAAGCGGAAAUAAAAGAAGUCAAUGUGAACGAGAAAAACCAGGAUUUCAAUAUGAACUCACAAUUGCAAGAAUUUUAUCGAGAUAAAAGUGUAUUUCUUACGGGUGGUUCGGGAUUUUUGGGAAAAGUUUUAAUUGAAAAAAUAUUACGGGCCACAGAAGUAAAAUGUAUAUACAUACUAAUACGCCCCAAAAAGGAGCAAAGUGUUGAAGACCGCAUAGAUGCUAUGUUCAAAAAUCCGCUUUUUGCCGAGUUGAAUCGUAAAAAACCAUCGGCAAAAAAACGUAUAGUACCAAUUCUGGGUGACUGCCUUCUGGCCAAUUUGGGCAUUUCACCAGCUGAUCGCCAAACUUUAAUUGAUGGGACUCAAAUAGUCAUACACAGCGCAGCUACGGUCCGCUUUAAUGAACCACUCUACAAUGCAUUAGCUAUAAAUGUGCGCGCUACCAUGGAUUUAAUAAAAUUGGCGAAAAAUAUGUCUAAGCUAGAAUCCUUCGUCCACGUUUCAUCUGCCUUUGCGAAUUGCACAGUCUUUCACGUGGAUGAAGUGUAUUAUACAAGUGAGCUGAAAAUAACAGCUGAAAAUAUGUGCAAAGUGGCCGAGUUAUUGGGCCCAGAGAAAACCAAUCGUAUGACAAGUGAAUGGUGUGGCAAAUCGCCGAACACAUAUACCUUUACAAAAGCUUUGGCGGAAGAGGCUGUGCUCUCGCAAGCAAAGCAAUUACCGAUAUGCAUAUUUCGGCCUGGCAUAGUUAUACCCACCCACAGUGAACCCUUGAUCGGUUGGGUGGAUAAUCUUUAUGGACCCAUGAGCAUUUUGUUCGGUGUAGCGCAUGGUAUACUUCGCGUUCUCUAUGUACAUCUGGAUGCAAAUGCGAACUUCGUGCCUGUCGAUAUGUGCGCCAAUCUAAUGUUGGCCUCAGCAUGGAAUACGGCGAAACCCGUAAACAAAUUGCUUAUUCAACCGCCCCCAAUAUACAAUCUAGUACCUGAUGAACGUAACAUGCUAAAAUGGGAUACUUAUCGACGAACUUUGGAGGAGCAUGCACCUAACAUGCCACUUACAAAAAUGGUUUGGUUUCCCUUCGCAAUAAUCGUCAGUUCAAAGUUAUUGUAUAAUAUUUUGAUAUUAAUCUACCACAUAAUUCCUGGAUAUAUUUUCGAUUUCAUACUCCUGUUGAUGGGAAAGAAAAGAAGAAUGGUGAGCACAUAUCGUAAAAUCCACAAGCAAACUGCGGUACUCGACUACUUUGUCGAAAAUAAAUUCACCUUUACAAUGGAAAAUACGAUAAAGUUGUGGCACUCACUCUCUAGCAUUGAUCAAAGCUUAUUCAAUUUCAAUAUGCUCGCAAUAAAUUGGCAUGAGUACUUCUACAAUUCGUUGCUUGGUUUGCGCUGCUUUUUGGGACAGGAGCAACCGGAAACUAUACCAAAGGGCAAACAGCUCUGGAACAGGCUUCUCAUUUUGCAUCGCGCAGUUCAGCUGAUAAUUUAUGGCGGUGCUAGCGCUUUGUUAUCAUGGACAUUUCUACGUGCUUUUCAUCUACUUUAAGGAAACGAAAAUAUAUUUUUAUAAAGUUUUUAUGUAAAUAUGUCGUUAGAAAUGCACACGUGUAUAUAUUUAGUAUGUCUUAUAAAGUUUGUGUAUAUAUUCAGUUUUUUAUAACUCAAAGACUAGUAUAUUUAUUUUUUUAAGAUACGUAGGUAUUUGUAUUUAAAAGCUAAAAAGCCUACCUAGUGUUUUAUUAAUUUUGUACCAAACUCUUAAUGAUAAGCUUUAUACAAAGUGAUAUUUAUUUCUUUUUAAUAAAAAGGUACCUUGUAAAAA